AUGCAGCUGAAUGAUCAGUCACAACAGUUGAAUAAUCAGUCACAGCAGAUAAAAGGAUUGGUGGCCAAGAAUACAGAACAGUCACAGGAGAUAGCCAGUUUAACGUCCUCUAUGCAGGGUCUGGUGCAGAAGGUAGAACGCCUCACAGGCCAGGAUCGACAUCAAGCUGUGCUGGUGGACAAACCGACCAACCAAACCAAGGGCAUGACAAACAAGAUAGAGGCAAAUAUUGACAAGGUUGAAGAGGGUGAUACAAUGAAACAGGGCUUCAAGCCUAAAUCAAUUAAUGAUAUUAAAGUAGGUAUGAAGGUAUUGUUUAAACGUUGGCCAUGGGAAUUGCGAGGAACAGUCAGGUACGUCGGAUCUGUCUCUACAAUUGGACCAAUUGGACAUCAGCUCGGCGUAGAGUUAGAUCCGGGUGAAGGGGAAAAGUUAUCGUGGAUUCCCCUGUUCAACCCAACACAUGACGGAAAAAGAUACUUUAGCUGUGUCAUUUACGGAGAAUAGGUAGAUACUAUGUAAAUUAAUUGCAACUUUAUAAAGCCAGGACCGCCACAAACUGAGGAAACUGGAGGAAAAUUUUAAUCAUCGGCCUCAACACAUGCCUCAGUAGACGAGCAUCACUUUGCAUCACUUUCAGCAGCAUUUCAUGCUUGUACUGACAUCACAAGACAUAAUUUAGGUAAUACCGUAUUUCCUCGAAUAGGCGUCCGGGCAGCGUAUCUAAAAUUACGGCAAAAGGAGAGGCACUUUUAUACGAAGGAUGGUGGUUAAUCUAGGGCGUGCUUAUUAAGUUUUCCUUUCAACGAACUGUUUCCUUAUUUUGGCUAUAUCUUAAAUAGAAAAAACAAAGCUGCAACAUCCACGCAGACGUCAAGUCAGUAUGGCGAUAGCAAUAACUAGAAGCGAAACUAUU